AUGGACAACAAAGUUUCAUCAAUGAAAGGGUCAUGCCUGCUUCUGCUGCUGCUGCUGUCGAACCUGCUUCUGUGCAAGCAUGUGUCCUCCCUGCCCAUGUGUCCCAGUGGGGCUGCCAACUGCCAGGUGUCUCUGAGAGAACUGUUUGACCGUGCUGUCAUCCUGUCUCACUACAUCCAUAACCUCUCCUCUGAAAUGUUCAAUGAAUUUGAUAAACGGUAUGCACAGGGCCGAGGGUUCAUUACCAAGACCAUCAAGAGUUGCCACACUUCUUCGCUCUCAACUCCUGAAGACAAGGAACAAGCUCAGCAGAUUCGCUAUGAAGACCUUCUGAUCCUGAUACUUAGAGUAUUGCGCUCCUGGAAUGCCCCUCUCUAUCAUCUAGUUACUGAAGUGCGUGGAAUGAAGGAAGCCCCGGAUGGGAUCCUAUCAAGAGCCAUAGAGAUUGAGGAGCAAAACAAACGACUUUUAGAGGGUAUGGAGAAGAUACUUGGGCAGGUCCGUCCUGGAGUCAGAGAAAAUGAAGUCUAUUCUGUCUGGUCAGGACUUCCGUCCCUGCAGAUGGCCGAUGAAGAUGCUCGCCUCUUUGCUUUUUAUAAUCUGCUCCACUGCCUGCGUAGGGAUUCACAUAAGAUUGACAAUUUCCUCAAGCUCCUGAAGUGCCGAAUCAUCUAUGACAGCAACUGCUGA